AUGAGCGCGCAGAAAUCGGAUCUGCCAAUCCACGCAGCCUCCCAUGAGCAUGCAACACACGAGAAAGAGCAGCAGUUGAAGAACGGCCGGCGUAACUUGAGCCUUGAAGCCGCGGCUCUCGAUCUCGACCCUUUUGCUGCUCCCAGCGUCUACUAUGGCGCCAGUCACAGCCCUAGAAAGGUCGCCAAGAGUCGGACAUACUCAGCGGUGAGCCUGCCUACUCCUUUCACAACACCUGUGAAGUCCGGACAGCUGCCAAGUCCUUCAGACGGCAAUCGGUGGUCGUUUUGGUCAGAGCAGUGCUUACUGAACAUGAUCAACAGGUAGAUCCGGAUCUUGAGCGGAUAGCACACGACCUCAAGCCACCGGCGAGGCGAGCCAGUCAUGGUAUGUGAAGCUCCUCGGAGCAUGACCGGCGCCAUUCGCUAACAUUUGCACACAGACAUCGAGGGUAAUGCCCCACGCCGCUAUCUCAUCGAUGUGGAGAAGACCAAGAAGGCGCUCCUUAACAGAGAGGAUACGGAUGGUAAUAUCCAGAUAACCAUAGAAGACUCUGGACCCAAAACCAUCGAGCUGGGCACAGCUGCCUCCGGAGGCUACAGACGUAUCGAUGUCCGCGGCACUUACAUGCUCAGCAAUCUACUACAGGAACUCACUCUUGCGGAGCUCUUUGGCCGCAAACAGAUUGUGCUUGAUGAAGCCCGUCUGAACGAGAAUCCCGUCAAUCGAUUGGCUCGCCUCAUCAAGGAUCAAUUUUGGCCAAACCUGACCAGACGCAUUGACGGAUCGAACAUUGCCGCAGUUGCCAGAGAUCCCAAAGACUGGACAUCAGACCCGCGGCCGCGCAUCUACGUCCCUCCAGGAGCCCCCGAGCAAUUUGAGUAUUAUACUCGGAUAGCCAAAGAGCACCCGGAUAUUAGAUUGGAUGUAAGAUGGCUAAAAGAGGGAGGUCCGGACGAUGAUGAGUAUGUGCGUGACUUGAACGAAGCUCCAGGCAUACUUGCCAUUGCCAUGGAGCGUGUACACGACACGCCAAACGGAGAGGUGGAUUUCAAGGGCCUUCCGUUCGUGGUUCCUGGUGGCCGUUUCAACGAAUUGUACGGCUGGGACAGUUACAUGGAGACGCUUGGUCUGCUCUUCAAUGGCCGUGAAGAUUUGUGCGAAUCGAUGGUCAAGCACUUCUGCUUCUGCAUUCGGCACUAUGGCAAGAUCUUGAACGCCAACCGAUCAUACUAUCUACGACGAUCCCAGCCGCCCUUUCUCACGGAUAUGGCACUUCGCGUCUACGAUCGGAUAAAGCACAAGCCCGAGAGCCUCGAUAUGCUCCGUCAGGCCAUACUUGCGGCCAUCAAGGACUACUACUGUACCUGGAUGUCGAAACCGCGCUACGAUGAGGAGUCUGGUUUGUCCCGCUACGUUCCUGGGGGUCUCGGCGUCCCCCCGGAGACCGAGGCAACGCACUUCGUUCACAUCCUGUCACCGUACGCCGACAAGCACAAAAUGACCAUUCAGAACUUUGUGCAUGCAUACAACUAUGGUCACGUGUACGAGCCUGAGCUCGACGAGUACUUCCUUCACGAUCGCGCUGUCCGCGAAUCGGGUCACGACACCUCGUAUCGCCUGGAAAAGGUGGCUGCGCACCUGGCAACAGUCGAUCUUAACUCAUGCUUGUACAAGUAUGAAUGCGACAUCGCUCGCACGAUUCGUGCCUUCUUCGGCGACAAGCUCGACAUCCCAAAGGAGUGGCGUCUUCCCGGUCAUCCAGAGUUUGAGACAUCCUCAACCUGGGAUCGUCGAGCCCGCAAGCGUCGUCAGCAGAUGGAUAAGCUCAUGUGGGACGAGGAGGCAGGCAUGUUCUUCGAUUACAACACCGUCAAGAAGCAGCAGACCGGUUACGAGAGUGCAACGACUUUCUGGGCCAUGUGGGCUGGGGCGUGCACGCCUCGGCAGGCCGCGGUCAUGGUUGAGAAGGCACUGCCCAAGUUUGAAGUCCACGGUGGACUGGUAAGUGGUACUGAGAAGAGCCGCGGGCCCGUCGGUGUCCAUCGGCCCAACCGACAAUGGGACUAUCCCUUUGGAUGGGCUCCUCAGCAGAUUCUUGCCUGGACCGGAUUCUUGCGGUACGGGUUCGAGGAAGAAGCCCAGAGGCUCGCGUACCGAUGGAUCUACAUGUGCACCAAAGCGUUCGUCGACUUCAACGGCGUGGUGGUCGAGAAAUACGACGUCACACGACAGGUCGAUCCCCACAAGGUCGAAGCCGAGUAUGGGAAUCAGGGAGGUGACUUCAAGGGUGUAGCAACUGAAGGGUGAGUCUGAUGUUGUGAAGCUGGUGCUAGAACAAUCUUACUGACGAUCGACAAAGGUUUGGAUGGGUCAACGCAUCCUACGUCUACGGGCUUCAGAUUGUUAAUGCCCAUAUGAAGCGCGCUCUAGGCGCCGUCACCCCUUGGGACACGUUUCGCAAGAUGACCGAGGGCGAGUAUGCCCCCACCGAGGCCGUGUCUUCGAAGCCGCCACCGCAUGCGGAAAAGCCAGCGACAGAGCACCACUCAGGACCAGUCCAGUAUGUGCACAGUCACACUGAUCAGCAGAAGUCCCAAAAUGGCCAUCGAAAUGGCUACCCGAACGACGUGAACCUGGGCCAUACAGCAUCGCCCAAGGCCAAGAAUGAGACAAGUCACUCGUGA